AUGUCUGUUUCUGUACAAGAGCUGGACAACACGGUCCGGGCCUUUUUCGAAGGCAAGGGCGAUGUGCAAAAACAAGCGCAACAAACCCUAACAGAAUUUAAGCAAAAUCCCGAGGCAUGGGUGACCGUGGGCAACAUCCUCCAGGAGGCAACGUACCCUCAGACUAAAUACAUUGCGCUCCAAGUUCUCGACGAUGUGAUUAUGACCCGAUGGAAGGUUUUACCAAGAGAUCAGUGCCAGGGAAUUCGGAACUUCAUCGUCAAUUUCAUCAUCGAGAACUCCGGCUCCGAAGAAAAGCUCCGAACCGAGCGUGCGUUCGUGAACAAAUUGAAUCUAGUUCUGGUGUCGAUCCUGAAGCAAGAAUGGCCGCACAACUGGCCGACCUUUAUCAACGAGAUCAUUUCCUCCUGUCAUGCCAGCCUUUCUAUCUGUGAAAACAACAUGGCCAUCCUUCGCUUGCUAUCCGAGGAGGUCUUCGAUUUCUCGCAGGAUCAGAUGACCUCGGCCAAGGCACGAAAUUUGAAGACCUCCAUGACCCAGGAAUUUGCCUCCAUCUUCCAACUGUGCUCUGAAGUCCUGAACACAGCCAAUCAACCUAGCCUGGUGAAGGCAACCCUCGAAACUCUUCUUCGCUUCCUGAACUGGAUUCCCUUGGGCUAUAUUUUCGAAACUCCCAUCAUUAAUACCCUUUUGACCCGUUUUCUGGAUGUGCCCGAUUUUCGAAACGUGACCCUAAAAUGUCUGACGGAAAUCGGCGGAUUGCAAAUUGGUGCACCCUACAACUAUGACGAGAGGCUGGUGCACAUGUUCACUGAGACUCUGACAAAGGUCUCGAACGUCAUCCCCUUGUCUAUGGACUUGAAGGAGACCUACGUGCGGAGUAACGGAAGAGAUCAGGAGUUUGUCUCAAACCUGGCUCUCUUCCUCUCCAGUUUUUUCAGUGCCCACUUGGAUCUCGUCGAAAAGUUGCCGAAUCAAGACUAUCUCACCCACGCACACUUCUAUUUGAUUCGGAUCAGUCAGAUCGAGGAUCGUGAAGUGUUCAAGAUCUGCUUGGACUACUGGACUCGACUGGUCCAAGAGCUCUAUGAAGAAAUGCAACAACUCCCGAUCACUGACAUUAACCCGCUCGUUACCAUGGGCGUGAGCGGGCUUUCUAACGGUGGUGCGCCUAACCCCAGCACUCUGGCCAACUAUCCUCUUCGAAAGCAUAAAUACGAGACGGUGUUGUCAAACCUGCGCACGGUCAUGAUUGAGAAGAUGGUCCGCCCAGAAGAGGUUCUAGUUGUCGAGAAUGACGAGGGUGAGAUUGUGCGUGAAUUUGUCAAAGAGAGUGAUACAAUUCAGCUCUACAAGACCAUCCGCGAGUGUUUGGUUUAUCUGACUCACCUGGAUGUCGUGGACACGGAGACCAUCAUGAUUGACAAGCUGGCCAAGCAAGUGGACGGCUCCGAGUGGUCUUGGGCAAAUUGUAACACCCUGUGCUGGGCAAUUGGCUCCAUCUCUGGUGCGAUGAAUGAGGAAACCGAAAAGCGGUUCUUGGUGACUGUCAUUAAAGACCUUCUCGGUCUUACCGAGCAGAAACGCGGGAAAGACAACAAGGCUGUCGUGGCUAGUAACAUCAUGUACAUUGUCGGCCAAUAUCCUCGAUUCCUGAAGGCUCAUUGGAAGUUCCUGAAGACAGUUGUCAACAAGCUCUUCGAGUUCAUGCAUGAAACCCAUGAAGGUGUCCAGGAUAUGGCUUGCGAUACCUUCAUCAAGAUCGCCAACAAGUGCCGGCGGCACUUUGUGGCCCUCCAGCCCGGAGAAAACGAGCCGUUUAUUGAAGAGAUUGUCCGCAACAUGCGGAAGAUCACCAUGGACCUUUCUCCUCAGCAAAUUCACACAUUCUACGAAGCUUGCGGUUACAUGAUCUCCGCGCAGGGCCAGAAGACGCUCCAGGACCGAUUGAUCGAGAAUUUGAUGGCAUUGCCUAACUCGGCCUGGGACCAAAUAAUUGCGGAGGCCAACCAGAAUGCGGCUAUUCUCCAAGAUGGCAACACCAUUAAAAUCAUUGGAAAUAUCAUGAAGACGAAUGUUGCCGCAUGCUCCUCAAUCGGAACUUAUUUCUAUUCUCAGAUUGGCCGCAUUUACCACGACAUGUUGAACAUGUACCGUGCCUCCAGCCAGCUCAUCAAUGAUGCAGUUGCCAAUGACGGACAAAUUGCCCCCAAGACCCCCAAAGUUCGAGGUCUUCGAACUAUCAAAAAGGAGAUUUUGAAGCUUAUCGAUACGUAUGUGGAGAAGUCCGAUGACCUUGAGAUGGUGAAUGCGAAUAUGGUCCCUCCACUACUUGAGGCUGUUCUCAUUGAUUACCACCGUAAUGUGCCGGACGCGCGCGAGGCGGAGGUGUUGAACGUCAUGACAACAAUCAUCCACAAGCUUCAUAAUCUCAUGGAGGACAAAAUUCCAGCCAUCAUGGACAGCGUUUUCAGUUGUACUUUGGAGAUGAUCAACAAAGAUUUCCAUGAAUAUCCUGAGCAUCGGGUUCAGUUUUUCAAGCUUCUUCAGGCCAUCAACCUGUACUGCUUCCAAGCACUCCUAAAGCUUGAUACUCCACAGUUCAAGUUUGUCAUUGAUUCCUGCAUGUGGGCCUCUAAGCACGACAACCGUGAAGUUGAGAAUACGGGUCUCACCAUGUGUCUGGAACUGAUGAACAACAUGGCCGAGACUGAUUUGCAGAUAUCAAGCGUAUUUUUCCAACAGUUCUACAUUCCGAUUCUUCAGGAUGUCUUCUUCGUUCUCACGGACAGUGACCACAAGGCCGGUUUCAAGUCUCAGGCUAUGCUAUUGUCACGCAUGUUCUACUUCAUCGAAUCUGGCAAGAUCCAAGAGCCCAUCUAUUCCCCCGAUCAGGCGCCCGCCGGUACUUCCAACAAGAAUUUCCUUCAGGAGUAUGUUGCAAACCUGCUUCAAAAUGCUUUUAAAAAUCUGCAAGAGGCACAAAUCAAACAGUUUGUUCUUGGCCUGUUCGCAUACACCGAUGACCUGAACAAAUUCAAGACUCACCUACGUGACUUCCUGAUUUCUCUGAAGGAGUUCUCUGACGAUAACGCCGAGCUCUAUGCGGAAGAAAGAGAGCAGGCAGUGCGCGAUGCACAGACCGCCGAGAGAAACCGCGCCAUGAAAGUGGGAGGCUUGUUGAAGCCCUCGGAGAUGGAUCAAGAGGAUGAGCUCUGA